AUGGGAAAAACUUUUAUUCAUGCAUCGAAAAUAAAACAUGCUGCACGGAAAAGAAAGCAUCAUUCCAAGUAUAAAACCCUGAAAAAGCUGAUAGACAAUGAUGCUUACAAGAUAGAACCAUCAAAGCCAUUACAUAAUGGGAAACUUUUCAAGUAUUGGAAAAAUAGACGUCGAUUGUUUACAAAGAUAGACUCGGCAUCGAUAUACAUGACUGAUGAACUAUGGUUCAGCGUGACACCUGAAAGAAUUGCAUGCUUCUUGGCAAAAUUCGUGAAAGCAUGUAUACCUGAUGGUGAAAGGAUAUUGGAUGUAUUCUGUGGUGGUGGCGGUAAUACUAUACAGUUUGCCCUACAAUUCCCUUAUGUCUAUGGAGUGGAUUACAGCAUUGAACACAUAUAUUGUACCGCGAAGAAUUCCCGAAGUUAUGGAGUGGAUGAUAGAAUAUGGCUGAAACAAGGCUCCUGGAAGAGGCUAGUCUCUAAGGAAAAGCUUUCCAACAUAAAGUACGAUUGUGUAUUCGGAUCACCUCCAUGGGGUGGCCCAGAAUACUUAAGAAGUGAUGUCUAUGAUUUGGAGCAGCAUCUAAAACCCAUGGGGAUAACAAAAAUGCUGAGAAGCUUUCUUAAAUUAAGUCCUAAUGUAAUUAUGUUUUUACCAAGGAACUCUGACUUGGAUCAGCUUUCUCGAGCUACAAGGAAAGUGCUCGGCCCAUUCGCCAAGUGCAAGGUACUGUACGUUAAGGAAAAUGGAUAUAUGAAGGGAAUAUUUUGCAUGUGGGGGGAAUGUUUCUCCAAUUAUGAGCAAGCGACACAAGAAAGCAAUUCAACAGAGUUGAGCUCUGAAAAUGAAGAGCUACCAAGGGGAAAGAAGGGUGAACCCACGGUUGUAAAUGAAGGUAAAAGUGUAGAUAUUUACGACAUAAAUGGUUAA